CUUUCUUGUGUCACUUUUUGGAUAAUGUAUUUAACUAUUUAAUGAAGAUCCUUUUAGUGUGUUAUGAAGUGAAUAGAGUGAGCUGAUGAGGUGAAUUGUAGUUAACAUAAGGUGAGGGUUCUUACUGUAUCUGGUUUUCUAAUAAUCCAGGUCAAUGUUUGUAUGUUUUAUUACCUACAUCUGAGUGAUUGUUGACCGGACAACCCAGAUACUGUUGCUGAUAUAUUACAGAUAGUGUCUUGUGUAACACGAUCAUUCAGCAGACAGCAGAGAAAGACGCGUGUGGUUUAACAUGUGUAUUUUCAAUGGUUAGCGGCAAACCAGAGUGAGAGCAAAUAAGAUACAGAACAGAGAUCAGAGUAUCUGAUCAACUCUGACUACGCUGAUUGGAUUUUUUUUCUUUUUUGACAACAUGGCUGUGCCACCAACAAGGAGGAUUAUCCUCCUUGGGAAAACUGGAGCUGGGAAAAGCAGCCUUGGCAACACCAUAUUUGGAGAGACCGUGUUCAAGACAAACCAGUUGCCUGUCUCACAAAAAAGUGUUUGCCGAGCAGAGUCAAAACUCGUCAAGGGAAGAAACGUAACUUUGAUUGACACACCAGGAUUCUUUGACACAGGCACAUCAGAGGAGGCCAUGCAGUCUGAAAUACUUCAGUGUAUCGUGGAGAGUGCUCCCGGGCCUCAUGCUUUUGUCCUUGUGCUUAAAGUGGAGCAAGUCACAGAUCACGAGAAGGAAGUCAUCUCAAAAAUGAGCCAGUACUUCUCAGAGGAGGCUUUACGAUACACUGCAAUUGUCUUCACUCAUGGCGACCAGCUGCCUGAAGGAAUGAAGAUUGAAGAGUUCGUCAGUCAGAGCGAAGGUCUGAUUGAUCUUGUUAAAAAGUGCGGCGGCCGUUGUCAUGUCAUUGAUAACAAAUACUGGAACCGUCAACCACAGAGUGAAUACAGGAGCAACCAGUUCCAGGUGGAAGAGCUACUCAACACUAUUGACAAGAUAGUGACGGACAACAAAGGUGGUCACUACACAAAUGAGUUACUACAGGCAAUGGAGACGGAAAUGAAUGAAGAGGAAGAACGACUUAGACAGGAAGGAAAUGUAUGUCAGAAAGACACCAGAGAGAAAAGUAAAACUGCUGUCUAUAAGAAGAAUAUUGCCAAAUUCGCAGGCAUCGCAGGUAAAGGGCUGAUGGUGGGGGCACUGCUUGGACCAGAGGCUGCCAUUUUAAUCAGUGCCAUAAAAGGUGUGAGCGCAAUUAGACAAGAAGCGACAAAAGAGGGACCAGGAACAGAGAAGGCAUCAAACGAAGAAACAGCUGCAGAGGGAAAAGGUGCAGUAGAGGAACAAACAGCAGAAACACCAGGUAAAAGAGUACUGACAGCAGUGGUGAAAGGAGCAGAGAUGGCAAAAACAGCAACUGGUUACCUCUCUUUAAUGAAAGUACUUGGAGCAAAAGAUGCACAGGCAGAAGAAACCGCAGAGGGGGAAGAAGCAGCACAACAAGGUGAAACAGCAGCAGAGGCAGUGGAUGGAGCAGCAGUGACAACAGCAGUAGAGGGAAUAGCAGAAGCAUCAGUUGAAGGAGCAGCAGAGGUGGCAGCAGCAGCAGAGGGGUUUGCAGAAGGAAGUGACGCCAUGGCAACAGUGGUGGCAGCGGCAGAGGCAGCAGCAGAAGCCUGUUGCCUUCAGUGAAUGAACCCACUGCUGACAGACACAUGGUGUUGACCUGCUGAUAAGGGCAUCACAUCAGAAGUUGCUUUUAUAUGUUGUUGUAGAAGAAAUGACUGAAUGCAAUACGUGUCCAGACUGUGAGCAAAAAAAAGAAUCAGUAACAUGAUAAUUUCAUAGCUCAAGGACUAAUUAAAUGGAAAUAUUAACUAUUCUCUUUAUAUGUUUCACUUAUUACAUCCUGAAAUUGUAAUUAACCACUUUGUAAUUUAUUUUAUAUUUCUGUCAGUUAAUCAGAUAUAGUCUCUGAACAAGUCCUCAGUGAUCAGGCAGGACACAUUCAAGACGACAAGUUAAUACUCCUACAAGUUUCUAGUAAUAUAGUAGGAAAAAAAUAUUCAUCAUAUCUAACUAAAAAAGGUUCAUCAGUAAUAGAUACAUGAUCAAAUGAGUUUUAGGUAUUGAAUUAAGAAGAUGAGUUUCUGUUCUUUAUGUCUUUGCUGUGCUAAUGUAUGUGUUCCAUGAUUGUUUUUCAUAUAAAUAAUAAAAGAUAUGAUUGUUCA